CUUCUCCGAGGAGGCAUUCCCGGGGCGAUGCCGGGGCUCCGCUCGGGCCCCGGGCCACUGCCUCUGUGGUAACUCUCUCCGCUUCUCUGUCAGCUUGCUGAGGGAGCUGGACAGGUGCGCGACAUCUCUGCCCCGCAGGUCUCCGUGGAUAAAGGCAGCGAGUCCUCAGCUUCCACAGCUGGCGGCUGCGGGCACUGAAACGGGAGUGAGUGAAACGAAUUCCGGAAAGGGAGCCGAAGGCCUGUCGGUCGCUCGCACUAGAAGCCGGAUUUCCUCUCCCUGCCUUCAGCUUGGGGCUCCUCUGGGCGGAACUAAGGUGCAGCAAGAAAGUGUUUAAUGGGAAACCUUGGCCCUGUAAAUAGCCUGUGAAUAUUCUGUUGGGUCCUAGAACUAUUAGAGAUUUCCAUUACUGGACUUGUUCUGUUAAAACCAAGGUAGCCCUUCAGAAAUGAGUUGCACAAUUGAGAAGGCACUUGCUGAUGCUAAAGCUCUUGUUGAAAGACUGAGAGAUCAUGACGAUGCAGCAGAAUCUCUUAUUGAGCAAACUACAGCUCUCAACAAGCGAGUAGAAGCAAUGAAACAGUACCAGGAAGAAAUUCAAGAACUUAAUGAAGUCGCAAGACAUCGGCCACGAUCCACAUUAGUUAUGGGAAUCCAGCAAGAAAACAGACAAAUCAGAGAAUUACAACAGGAAAACAAAGAAUUGCGUACAUCCCUGGAAGAACAUCAGUCUGCUUUGGAACUUAUAAUGAGCAAGUAUCGUGAACAGAUGUUUAGAUUGCUGAUGGCAAGCAAAAAAGAUGAUCCAGGUAUAAUAAUGAAGCUAAAAGAGCAACACUCCAAGAUUGACAUGGUACAUCGUAACCUCUCCGAAGGACUCUUCCUUGAUGCAUCUCGACACAUCCUUGAAGCACCUCAACAUGGACUGGAGUGGAGGCACUUGGAAGCAAAUCAGAAUGAAUUACAAGCACAUGUUGACCAAAUAACUGAAAUGGCAGCAGUAAUGAGGAAAGCCAUUGAAAUUGAUGAGCAUCAGGGUUGCAAAGAACAGGAACGAAUAUUCCAACUUGAACAAGAAAACAAAGGCUUGAGAGAAAUCCUUCAGAUAACUCGGGAGUCAUUUUUGAACCUCAGAAAAGAUGACACAUCGGAAAGUACGUCUUUGUCAGCGCUGGUGACCAAUAGUGACCUGAGUCUGAGGAAAAGCUGAAGCGUUCCCAGCAUGUGAGCUUUUAUCCACAUGCGUGUCACUGGGACUGAGAGAUGAAUGGAUUGAGUAACAGAAAAAUCAACCUCAGUCAACCAAUGUGUGUGUGUAUAAAUACAUAUGCACAGUGUGUGUAUAAAUAAUACAUGCGCACAUCAUAUGAACAGCAUACCGGACAAUUACAUUUUAAAAUGAUAAAAAAUGCAAUUAAAAAGUAGAAAAUAAGCCAUUUAUAAUUAGUGAACAGAUGGAGGAUUCUUGGUGAGUACUGAAUAUAAAAAGGGCUUCCAGUAGUACUCUUUGCUAGUUCUAGACAAUAUUUGGGUAAUCUUGCAUAUUUCCAGGCAGCUAGGAUUUAUAGAAUUAUUCCACUUUAAAAAUACAAAUUUAGGGCAUGGCUUUGUGAAUGGAAAAUUCUAAGUAUCCUUCCUGUUUGGUUUUAGAAUUUACAAAUGGCUUUUCAGAGUUUGGUUUACGUGACUGCCAGUCCACUUUCCCAUUCUUUUUUUGUCAAGUACAAUUGCUUUAGAGGCUUUAAGAAUGUUUUAUACUCAUCAUAAAGAGAUUUAAUUUUAGCUAUUUACGCUAUUAAAACGUGUCUGUUUUCCAUAAGUUGCUUAAAUGUAUGAAAUAUCUCAGGAAUGAAAGAGAAGGAAUACUACUUUCUAAGAAAGAAGAUCUUUUAAGAGAUAUAUUUAGUAGGUUAAACUACUCAAGACAGAAAAGUUUUGGUUCUAAGUCAAUAGUGAAGAUGAGAUUCUUUUGUGGUUGAUCUUUGAUGAUAUUAUGUAGCUUAUUUAGCUAACAGAAUCAAAUUAUUAAAUGCUUAUUCUCAAAUUA